CCUUUUCGCCGUCACAUUCUUUUCUUUACUUUUCCCCUUUUUAACAAAAAAAAUUAUUAAUUUCUUUUUCUUCUUCAUUCUUUUCCGAUCACACCCAGAUGAGAAACUGCCUUCUAAUUCCAUUUCUGGAAACCAGAAUCUACAAGAACUAGUUUCAAAUGGAUUUGUAGUUUUCAUUAGGAAAAAAAAAAUUCAAAAGGGAAUCUUUUUUAAAUUAUUUUCAUGACUAUGAAUUGAAUUGAAUUGAAAUUGUUGAAUCGAAUUGGGAAUGGCGGAGAGCUUCAGCAGAUGGGAGUCAGAUCCCCUUUUCUGUGCUGCAGAAGUGGUUCAAGAUUCUGCCGACAGGAUGGAGUCUGUUUAUCGAAGCUUGCUGCAUGAACAGAAACUUGCACUAGAUGACCCUUCAGAUGGUAAGCUUUUUAGCUCACUGCAAUCUCAUAGACGAGAUCUUACAACUGCUCUUGAAACAACACGAUGGCAGUUGGAAGACUUUGAGAGAGAAGUCAAUUUUGCUGCAUUAUCAGAUGAGUCUAAGUCACGAGAAAUUGCUAUAUUGAAGCACAAACAAUUUAUUAGAGCAAUAAGGGAACAAAUACUUCAAGUGGAAAAAAGUGUGCAGGACUCAUCAAAAGAAUACCCGAGGAGCUAUCCUCAGUGGACGAACUUAGAUGAACAGGACAAAGACAUGUUAACAUCAUUUCUUUCUGGGAGUAAUUUACGAGAUCACAGUUCAAACUAUAACACUGGAAGUAAGAUCAUGAGAAGUAUUGAUUCAGACACAGACACCAAUGAUAUUGUUGAGCUAAAGCUUGACAAGGUUGAAGCCUUGCCAAUGAACGGUACAAAAAAUAUGAAUAUUAUUCAUGGUUCCUUGAGACAACAGGAGCUUGAGAAGCCUGCAACUUAUGAUCUGGAAUUUGGUGGUUUGGGAGUAAAAAAGUACUCUUAUCAGAAUUUGAUAACGGGAUCUACUUGGGGUUUCUUGAGGAACUUUUGGCCUGGAAAUGAUAGUAAAGAUAGCUUUACAAAGAGGAGGAAGGACGGUGAGAUAACAGGCAUAAUUGAAGAUGUUGAUAAAAGAAUUGCAUCUUCAAGUAGUCUCGCAUCUCAAGAUCAACAGGGAAUACUUCCUGAAUGGUUGAUAAAUACUAUGCGAUUCUUUUGCAUUGAACUUAACCAGAGGAGGUCAAAAGCAUCUCGGAAACUUAUUCCAUUCAACCGGUUUGCCGUGAGGUUAAUGUCGGUGAUACUGGUUGUAUUGAUCAUAUUAGGCUUUUCGGGGUUCUGGAUGAUUUGGGCAUACAUUUACAGGACUUUUGUUCCCUCGUCUAAUUAACUAUAUUUUGCACCCCAUCGAUUCAGCAUCCUCACAUCAAUACAACAGAGAUUGAAGACGCAUCUCCCAAUCUCAGCGGCUAUGUAUUCAUUCUGUUCAUCAAACAGUGACUUCAUUUGAGUAAAGAUCAUGAGAAAUCUGCUUAAUUUGUUGCCUCUUGUAAGGGUUUUGAUUGCUAAAGAAAAGUCUUUAAGCAAUCAUAAUUUUGCCCUUCUGAUUGUAAAUUUCCGAAGUUUUUUUCACUAGUGCGGAAGGAAACUGGUUUGCAUAGUGAUGUUCUUGUCUCUUC